GUCUGGUGUAUAUAUUUAAAAAUCUUAUCAAUUUCAAAAUGGUGUCCAUAUCUUGAUGCUGUUCAUACAGGCCUCAAACCUGAUAACGCGAAGUGAACAGAAAAAAUAAAAACAUGUGCCUUACGGUAAAAAGUGCUGGACCCAAAAAAUUGCAGUGCCUCAAUUAUAUGCACCACAAUUGCCACAAUCACUAUAAUUGCUGUAAUUACUGCAUGAUUAAAGUUGCAGUAAUUUUAGUUGGGAUUAUUGCUUUCCUCAGCAUAGGUGACGCUGUUGGCGAUGUUGUGCCGAUUUGCCCCCUACACUCUAACCCUCUAUUAUAAGGGAAAAUGGCGUAACUGAGUGUGCUAUACUCUAGUAGACACUCCUCGACUUAAAAGUUAUUUUUGCUCGUAACGUGAAUCCCGCAUGACGCGUGAAGGGUAUGCGAAUAACUAUUUCGUGUGGACCAACGUUUUUGUGUCAGUGAACUUCUUGAAAGGCAUCUCCAGUCUUUGGUGUCGUGUCGUGUGGUCCCAAAUUUCAAGUACUUUUGGCAAUUAGUGAAACUGGAGAACAGAAGUCGAUAUGGGACUCGCAGAAAUCCGUGUUGGUAUGUUAAGUGAGGUUAGAAGAAGUUUUCUUUGAUUGGUGGAAAAUUUGAAUUCCUGCUUUUGCCGACUUCAUCAGCUGUUACUCAAAAGAUCGAACAGAUGCAGAUUUGAGCAUGGGAACGGGAGGGGCAGGUGGAUCCGUCCUGGGAAUUCCAGGAUCUGGGGUCGCGGGAGUUAUAUCACAACACUGCGCGAUUUGCGGAGACAGGGCUACCGGAAAACACUAUGGUGCUGCCUCUUGUGAUGGAUGCAAAGGUUUUUUCAGGCGCUCCGUCAGAAAAAACCAUCUGUACACGUGCAGAUUUAGCAGAAAUUGUGUAGUGGACAAGGACAAACGAAAUCAAUGUCGCUAUUGCAGAUUAAGGAAGUGCUUCAAAGCUGGCAUGAAAAAAGAAGGAAUUAUUUCAGCUGUGCAAAACGAGCGCGACAGAAUUAGUUGUAGGAGGCCAAGUUACGAGGAACAGGGAAACAAUGGAGGCGGGCUCUCUGUGGUUUCUCUGCUGCAUGCUGAAAUGCUUAGCAGACAAGUCGGUGCUGCUUUAGAGCCAAGUAGCCCGAGCAACGAUAUCGACUUAAGUACGAAGCAGAUAGCGAACAUAAACGAUGUGUGUGCAAGUAUGAGGCAACAGCUUCUGAAUUUGGUAGACUGGGCCAAAUACAUUCCGGCAUUUCUCGAACUGACCCUGGAUGACCAAGUGGCUUUAUUAAGGGCGCACGCCGGAGAACACCUUCUACUCGGAGUGGCUAGGCGCAGUAUGCACCUUAAGGAUGUUCUUCUACUCGGAAAUAACUGUAUUAUCACAAAAAAUUGUCCUGUUAUAUCGUUUUCCACAGAGGGGAGAAACCAAGACCUUGACAUCAGCAAGGUGGGCAUAAGAGUGAUGGACGAGCUGGUAAAGCCACUUAACGAGGUGCAGAUUGACGACACGGAAUUCGCCUGUCUCAAGGCCAUCGUGUUCUUCGAUCCGAACGCGAAAGGUUUAAGCGAUCCAGGGAGAAUUAAGCACCUGCGCUACCAAGUCCAAAUCAAUCUCGAGGAUUAUAUAAGCGAUCGUCAGUACGAUAGUCGAGGACGAUUUGGGGAGAUUUUGCUCACACUGCCAGCCCUGCAAUCCAUAUCGUGGCAGAUGAUUGAGCAGAUUCAGUUCGUUAGGCUCUUUGGAGUCGCCCAAAUCGACGUCCUGCUUCAAGAAAUGCUCCUAGGGGGCGCCACCACCGAAAUGAAUGGUUCGACGACGCCCGUCCCCAUUCCAAAUGCACCAGGAAGUUAUGUCAGCAGUAACGAGAGUCCCAGCAGUCCCCUCACUCCGGCCAAUACCGCUCCACUUAGUCCACAAGAUCAUAUGCUCGCUGCUGGAAGUCCCGCGAUGAUCCUCAGGGAGUUGACACCAAUCUCAUCGCAGGACGAUGCCACAUCAAACGUAGGCUUUAGACUCUUCAAGGAAGAGCCCACUCUAAAAACAGAAUCGACUUUCUGACUAGACGGAGAUUCCCUGAUGGUCCAGGAAGAAAGUCGAUCCCAUGACUCGACAGAGUUUGAGCAGAAAUUUAGCCUAAGUUUAACUUCCGUUGAAGGUUUAUUUUAGCAGGCUUGGCCUUCCUUCCAAGAAUGUUUCUUGUAAAGGACUUGGCUGAAUUUUGAGUCAGGCUCCAGCCUACAAGGUCCAUGCUGAUGACAAUUUGCAACGCGCAACUUUGUCUUGCUUGUGUCAACUCUUUUAAUUCCAAGAGAAAAAUCAAAGCUAAAGCGGAAAGUCUCGAGUAUUGAAUUAAAGUCUUAUUUCAUCACUUGAAGGGUGAAGUUUAUCUCGAACUAGAUGAAUUUCCAAGCCUUCGAUUUCAGUCACCCGUUCGCUGUGUUCUUCGCUAACCUCAGUGCCAUAGUUUACUCUCGAUGACAUAAAAUUGUAUAGUAUACAGGAAAUACCUCGACAUGCCUCAAAAAAUGCCUGAGAGUUCUUAGGAACCGAUCUCCAGUUAUAUUCAAUCAAAAUCUAAAAUGACCCUUGAAUGCUGGUACUAUAUUUUAGUCAUGUAAGCAAAGCUCGAAUCAAACUAAUGUGCCUCGAACACUUAUUGAUAUUAGGGAAGAGAAUAUCAAUUGAAUAUAAUCAAAGAGGAAGAAACGUUGCUACAUUUUUAGGAUUACAAAAUUCUUGAAUUUUUUUUGUAUAGUUUAGGAAAGAAUAUAAUUCACGGUUUAACCAUUGAUAACUUAUGACAUGUUUCACAAUGAAGGUGGCGUAAUAUUGUCGUCACUUUUACACGGUUAAAUUUGGGAGUUUUUACAAUGGGUCUAUGGUUUCAUUUCGUGAGAGAUGGAACUACAGUAAACUUCCCCCUAUCUCCGCGACUUUGAAACGUGCCCAUAUAUAGAUUGCAAAAUAUCUUGCAUUCAAAUUGGAAACGGUUUAUAUGGUCCCAAUUUACGCGGUUGAAAAAGUCGCAGCGCAUCAUUUAGUAACUAAAAUUCAAUCUAAUGGAAUCAAAAAAACUAUUUAAAUAUUUUGCGGAAUAGUGAGUUUUGUGGCAUGACGUCGCGGACAUGAAAGGAUAGGUGGAAAUUUCGAAAAAAAAUUAGCCAAGCUGCUUGACAUAGGAGUGCAAAUAAGUUUUUUGGAGAAAAUAUUCUAAAGAUAAAAGUAAGUAAGUUGUAAAAGUCACCACGAAGGUUAAUACAUGUAAUUUAAAGAAAAUUUUAGUACAUGCCACUGGAAAUGCACACGACUUUUUGGAGAAAAUAUUCUUAAAGUAAAGGUAAGUUAUAAAGUUGUGAAUAAUAUUUCUCAAGUUUAUAAUAUAUUUUCGCAGCAAUGUUCCAUUCUUUUGUUCAAUUGGCGACCUAUUUGUGUCAGUAAUUAAAACCUAUUCAGACAUUUAUUAGUUACUUUUAGGUUUAUAAUAUUUUACCGAGAAAAUUUAAUUUCCAUAAAGCUAUGCCGAAAUACUUCAUUUAAAGCAAUGCGGGAUUCUUAAUUUUUGAGCCUCUUUUUUUUAAUUUGAGAGCCACUAACGCGGGUGUGACUGUAUGGAAAGGUGAAGAAACUGCGCUAUUGGAAAUAAAGCGCAUAUAGGGGACCGGAAAUAGGGGAAAGUUUACUGUACUACGAUUUGGCUUAGUCUUAUUAUAAUUUGCCUCAACAAUAUGACGAUUUGGCUCUACCGCAUUACGAUUUUGUUCAGUUAUUACGAUUUGGCUCAGUCAUUUUACAAUUUGACUCUAUAUUACGACUUGACUUCAAUAUCUCACGAUUUGGUUCAGUCAUUUCGAUUUGGCUCCACCAUGUUACAAUUUAGUUCAGUCAUGUUGCCAUUUUGCUCCAUAUUACGAUUUGGCUUCACUAUAUUACGAUUUGACUCGACCAUAUUAGGAUUUAGGCAAGUGGGUACGAUUUGGCUCCACCAUGUUACAAUUUUGUUCAGUCAUAUUGCGGUUUGGCUCCAGCAUAUUACAAUUUGGUUCAGUCAUGUUACCGUUUUGCUUCAUAUUACGAUUUAACUCCAUCAUAUUACGAUUUAGUUCUGUCAUUACGAUUUGGCUCCACUAUAUUACGAUUUGGCUUAGUCAUAUUAGAAUUUGACUCGACCAUAUUACGAUUUAGGUAAGUGGGUACGAUUUGGCUUAAUCAUUUUACGAUUUCGUUAAGUCAUGCUACAAUUUAGCUCCAUAUUACGAUUUGGCUCCACCAUGUUACAAUUUUGUUCAGUCAUAUUGCGAUUUGGCUCCACCAUGUUACAAUUUUGUUCAGUCAUAUUGCGAUUUGGCUCCACAAUGUUACAAUUUGGUUCAGUCAUGUUACCAUUUUGCUCCAUAUUACGAUUUAGUUAUGUCAUAACGAUUUGGCUUAGUCAUAUUAUAAUUUGAUUCGACCAUAUUACGAUUUGGGUAAGUGGGUACGAUUUCGCUUAGUCAUAUUACGAUUUGCCUCCACCACAUGACGAUUUGGUUAAAUCAUGCUACAAUUUGGUUCAGUCAUAUUACGAUUUAGCUCCACCAUGUUACAAUUUGGUUCAUUUAUUACGAUUUGACUUCACCAUCUGACGAUUUGGCUCCACCAUCUUACCAUUUCGGCAUUGAUUGAAAUACCUCAUAAUUAUCAUCCUAAAAAGAUGUAGCAACGUUAUUUCCUGAAGCUUCUUUCACACGUGCAAAAGAGUAUCUUUUUCAAGAAGAUGUGAAUCAAAUAUACAUAUAUAAACAUUCCAAUCUAGUGCGAUAUAUUAAAGUUCUUGUACAUAAGCAACACGUCGAGUAAAAUUGACGAGCGUGCCCUAAAUAAUAAGCUUUUUUUUUUUGUUUCUUCAAAUGGUUAUUAUGCCAUUGCAGUGCAAUUAAUUAAGUUUUCAACUCAUCUCUGAUGACUUUAUGGCCGGAUAAAAAGCAAUAGUUAAAUGAUUAAGAAAUAUAAAUUUGAUGAGAAAAAUUCGGGGAGUCACCAUUCUAUAUAAUGGAAUGAAACUUUUUAUGUAUGAUGUUACUGCUCAUUUUUCGUAAACGUGAUAAUGGAGCUAGUUGCUCAAUACGAAGAUGCUAUUCGAAAAGCUUCGUUCGGUGCCUUUUGUUUUGAACAAAAAUCUCUUUUCCUCUGAUCUAAUCUAGGUAAAGAAUUAAUCUCGGCGAAAAUUCCCGAGACGAGGAAUCGUUUAGCCCGUUAAUGUGAUAUCGAUAUAAUAUUAGCGCAAUUAUUUUAGAUACUGCUCAAAUCUUUGCCGAGGGAAUUUUCACGGGGAUUAUAUGCUCAAAGUGCCAAUACCAGAUAUUUCAUAUUUUUAUCCAUAUACAAUUUUCUGUUAAAACUUGAAAGAUAUAUAUUAUUAUUAUGCACGUAAAACAGGGUAGACAUUUUGCCAGUUUGGGUCCGAACGAUCAAGUAUUCGAUACCGUCGACAUUACGUACAAUCUUCCUAUCUAUUAGGUUUACGUAAAAUUUAAUAUAAUAUAUUAUAUGUGUGUACAACUCUACAUAGCGAAAUAUUGACGAAAAUUUUGUAUUUUUAUGAAAUAUUUUUAUACGCACGUGUUACUUCUUCAUAAUUGUAUUACGAUACAACAAACAAAAAUCGCACAGAGCGAGAGUUUCACUAUUUUUUUUUUUAUUUUUUUUUUUAUAUAUAUAUACAUAUAUCCAGGGAAAAGAUUCUUGCUCCGAUUGUUAGACAAAUAAUUAGUCUGCUAAGAUUUUCUGACAUUAUUUAGCGCGGGUUGUGAAACAGAUGUUACCGUUUAUUGUUGUCUGAUUUUUUAAAACAAUUGUUGACAGUUGGAUCGCGACUGACAUUGUACAACGAGUGUAAAUAGAAAUUAUUUGUUAUUUAAUGAAUAUAUCGCCAACAUUUGUGUAAGAAAAUAAAGGGAUAUAAUUUGCUGAACAGUUA